CCUGGGCCUGGGCUCGGGUUCUGCCCUUCUCCUCGGCUGCUCGCGUCGCUUCCCUGCUUCUCCGUUCCUUCCCUCCCGGCCCCGCCCGGCCUCGGUUGCCGGGUGCUCUCCCCUCGGUCUCUUUCCGGCCUCCUCUCCCUCGUUCGCGCCUUCCUCCUCGUUCGCCGCUCCCGCUCCGUCUCCCGGUCCCGCUCGCUCUCGUCCCUCGCCUCCCUCUCGUCCCUCUCCUCCCUCUUGCUCUCCUCCCUCCGC